AAUUAUAUCAUACAAAUAUUAUGCAAAUGGUUUAUUACUGCAAAACUCUCAAACUCGAGAAAACAAAACCCAAAAGAGGGAAGAUCUAAGAACCCUGAACAUUUUCCUGGAAAAUUAGCGUGUUACUUUCAAAUUAAAUUCCAGUAACAGCGAGCACGGAAAGUGAAAAUUCUCUGUGGCUACAAGUGACCACAGAGAGAGAGAGGAGAAAUAAAAGGAAUUUGAAACGGAAGAGACUUUAGAGGAAAAAGAAAGAGAGUGAAGAAGUUUGUUUGGAAUCAUAUAUUACAAAGAGAAGAGAAUAGAAAGUUUGAAGUUAGGGUUAGGUUUAGGGUUUUAUUGAUAAAGAUGACGGAUGUGAUAUUGCAUAUAUAUGACGUGACAAAUAGUGGAUCGGAGAAGACCAACAACACCAUUAUGCAUAUCAACAAGAUCUUCAAGGACGGUAUUGGCCUUGGCGGCAUCUUCCACAGCGCUGUUCAGGUUUAUGGAGAGGAUGAAUGGUCUUUUGGGUUUUGUGAACAUGGAACUGGAGUUUUUAGUUGCCCUUCUGGAAAGAACCCAAUGUAUACAUAUCGUGAGAGCAUUGUGCUUGGAAGAACAAACUUUCCUAUCUAUAAAGUGAACCAGAUACUGAGGGAACUGAGCAGAGAAUGGCCUGGAAGUGCAUAUGACUUGCUAGCCAAGAACUGCAAUCACUUCUGUGAUGAGUUUUGUGAAAGGCUUGGUGUGCCAAAACUUCCAGGUUGGGUUAAUCGUUUUGCCAAUGCUGGUGACACAGCCUUGGAAGUAGCGGGAAAUACAGCUUUACGGUUAAGACAAGCCAAGGCAGAGAUUGUAUCAGCUAGCAAAGUGGCAUACCGUUUCCUUAUAGGUGUUGCUUCGAAUAAUGGGUCUGGUCCUGAUUCACCUGGCAAUUCAAACAGAGGGACCCCUAGAUUCCAAGCAGCUUGGUUUAAAAACCUUAUUACUUCUGGUGCCAAACCAUCUAGUAGUACAGACGUAGAUCAUCAGGAUGAAGAUGUGCUGCUUCGGCAGCAACAUGACCAAUCAGAUUUACCAUCAAGGCAGAAUUUUCUACAACGGGAACCUGAACUCUCAUCGCAGCAGAAUUUACGGCAUGAUGUAUGAAGAAAGCCUUUUGUGAAAGCAGUGUUGCUAGUUGUACCUGUCGAAACAUGCAAUAGACAAUUACAGUCAUUCGUUGUGUAUCACUGUAAAGUUUGUUUUUGCCUUUUCCGACUGAAUAUUUGGUGAUGGUGCUUAGAGGAUGAUAAGUACAUUGAAAGGGCAGUGAAUCUGAAGUGUUAAUUUUUUCCUUGCACGUCAUGGUCAAUUUUGAGAGCUUCAAAGCUUUCAUGCAACCCUAUGGGUGAUUCUGUAUCUUUGUAGCACAUGCAUGCCUCGCUGCCUCCAGAAAAUAUUCGUUUUUCUGGAGAAUGUAGGAUUUUAAGAUUUCAUA